AAAAUAUGAGCUCAAUUUUCAACGUAUAACCAAUAAUCACGCUUACAAAUAUGAGCCUCUAAGAGUUAUUUCUACAAUGAUGAGAAUACUCAUUGAAAAAUAGAAUUGUUUUGUAAUUUAUGUAUCAGGCUGAUAUUAGAUUAAAAACGAACACAACCAUUUAUUUCAAAAAACAAAAAAGUCUUAUGUUAGCUAAAACCAUAGCCUGUUGAGAAAAAAAUAAAUAAUGGUAGGGAAAAAAGACAUUCUUGAUUUACGAUUUAAUCAAGAUCAAGGAUGUUUUACAUGUUGUAUGGAAUCUGGUUUAAGGAUAUUUAAUGUAGAACCUUUAGUUGAAAAAGCCCACUUUGACCAAGAUGUUAUGGGUAGCAUUGCACUUGGGGAAAUGCUUUGGCGAACAAAUGUUAUUGCUAUAGUGGGUGGAGGAACACAUCCAAGAUUUGCAGAAAAUACUGUUCUUAUUUACGAUGAUCUCUCGAAAAAAUUUGUAAUGGAAAUUACUUUUAUUAGUCCAAUUAAAGCUGUUAGAUUACGCAGAGAUAAAUUAAUAGUGGCCCUCCAAACAGAUAUACAUGUCUUUUCAUUCCCUAUGCCUACAAGAAGAUUAUUCUCAUUGAAAACAAGAGACAAUCCUAAAGGUUUAAUAGAAGUAGCUACUUUAGCAACUGCGCAAAAACAAUUAAUGGUCUUUCCUGGUAACAAACUUGGUAGUGUACAGUUAUUAGAUUUAGGUGCCACAGAAGCAGGAACUUCUACUACUCCUGCCACACUUGCAGCGCAUCAAGGUACAUUGGCUUGCAUUGCUGUUAAUGGAAGUGGUACAAUGGUAGCAACAGCUUCUGCCAAGGGUACAUUAGUUAGAGUAUGGGACUCUUUACGCAGAAAUUUACUUAUUGAGUUAAGAAGAGGUGCGGACCCUGCUACAGUAUAUUGUAUAACAUUUAGUAGAGAUUCAGAAUAUCUCUGCGUGUCUAGUGAUAAGGGAACUGUGCACAUAUUUGCUAUAAAAGAUACUCAUUUGAACAGAAGAUCUACUUUUUCAAAGAUGGGAUUUCUGGGAAAUUAUGGUGAAAGUCAGUGGGCAAUGGCUACAUUUACAGUACCACCAGAAUGUGCUUGUGUUUGUGCAUUUGGUAGAAAAAGUUCUGUGAUAGCUGUAUGUAUGGAUGGAACAUUUCAUAAGUAUGUGUUCACUCCAGAUGGUAGUUGUAACCGUGAAGCAUUCGAUGUCUUUCUUGACGUCUGUGAUGAUGAUUUUUAACAAAACAAUGUUGUAUAUGCGACAGUUAUAUUUUGUACAUACUCAAAAUUUUUUAUUGCGGUAAAUAAAAA